UGUGUGUGUGUGUGUGUGUGUGUGUGUGUGUGUGCGUGUGCGUGCGUGCGUGUGUGUGUGUGUGUGUGUGUGUGUGUGUGUAUGAACAGCAUGGCCAACAUCGCGGUCCAGCGGAUCAAACGGGAGUUUAAAGAGGUCCUGAAAAGCGAAGAGACGAGUAAAAACCAAAUCAAGGUGGAUUUAGUGGAUGAGAAUUUCACAGAACUGAAGGGGGAGAUCGCAGGACCACCAGACACACCUUAUGAAGGAGGCAGAUAUCAACUAGAAAUUAAAAUUCCAGAGACAUAUCCAUUUAAUCCACCAAAGGUUCGUUUUAUAACGAAGAUCUGGCAUCCCAACAUCAGCUCAGUAACAGGCGCCAUAUGUUUGGACAUCCUGAAGGACCAGUGGGCCGCGGCGAUGACCCUCCGAACAGUUUUACUGUCACUACAGGCUCUUCUGGCCGCCGCUGAACCAGAUGACCCACAGGACGCUGUAGUUGCCAAUCAGUAUAAACAGAACCCAGAGAUGUUCAAACAGACGGCUCGACUCUGGUCACAUGUUUACGCAGGAGCUCCCGUCUCCAGCCCAGAAUACACUCGCAAAAUAGACAAGCUCUGCGCCAUGGGCUUCGAUAAAAACGCAGUAAUCGUGGCGUUGUCGUCGAAAUCCUGGGACGAGGAGACGGCGACAGAACUCUUGCUUAGCAACUGAGUCCAGCCGGAGGGACCAAGCACCUUAUCCGACACAAUCCCCAAAUCUCCUCCUCCUCAACUCACUACCUUCAUCUUUCUGUCAUCUUUUGCCAUUCCUCUGUUUGGAUUAGUUCAUCUCAUGCUGAGAAUGCCAUCAUCUUUAUAUUGUUUUAAACUUCAUUUCUUCAGCAGAAGACGUUUAGCAGAAUGUUCACGCUGCUCUUUAUAUAAGGAACUGGCUGGUGAUUUGGCAGUAAAAAACCUCCACCAGCUUUCCUUGUAUAAUGCAGAAUGGUGUGGAAGCUUGUUUCCACCAUGUAAUAAAAAUAAUAAUAAUAAUACGUUCUGGUUUUGUUUCUUACAGUUCUGUAAACAAAAGCCAGAAUUUAUUUUCUCUUGCAAUUUAUAUCCCACAGUUCUGAGUAUUUCUCUGAAUUUAUGUUGCAAUUCUGAGUUUCUGUCUCAUAAUUCUGAAUUUGUGUCCAAGAAUUCCUAGUUUAUAUCUUACAAUUCUUAUUUUUUUCCCUUGAAUUUUGAAUUUAUAUCCCAUAAUUUUGAGUUUAUGUCUCAAAAUGCUGUUUAUCUCACAAUACUGACUAUUCUCCCUCUGAAUUCUGAGUUUUUUGCAGUUCCAAGUUUAUCUCAUAAUGCUGAGUUUGUGUCCCAGAAUUCCUAGUUUAUAUCUCACAAUUCUUAAUUUUUCUCUUACAAUUCUGACUUUUUAUAUUUCAAUUCUGAGUUUGUCUCAUAAUUCUGAGUGUAUAUUUCACAAUUCUUAGCUUUUGACUCACAAUUUGACUUAUUCUCAGAACUACAAGUUUAUUUCUUGCGAUUCUGAGAAAAAGAAAAGGUAUAAAUUGUGUGAUACAAAGUCACAAUUAACUUUUUAUAUAAAUAAUAAUUUUUAUAUUCCGUGGCGGAAACAAGCUUCCAUAGGUUUGAAACAACAUGAGAUUGAGUAGAAUUUACAUUUUCAUUCAUUUUUGGGUGAACUGUCUAUUUUUCUUCUCUCUUUUUCUUUGUUUACUUCUUUUGGUUUGGAUGUGCCUUUUUUCUCUGUCUUUUAAUCAUCAUCUCCCUCAGAUUGGUCCAGCAGUCUGACUCUAGCCCCGCCCCCUCAUGCACAUGUCCAAUCAGCACUGUGGUCGUUCUCCCUCCCGCUCAAUCAUUGGCCCUUUUAUCUGGAAAACAUUAGGGUUGCAUUUAUAAACUCCAUAGUGUCAAACAGACAGUGAAGUGGUUCCUUCACGUAUAGAUGCUAAACAGGUCAAGACUGGAAAACACCCACACACACGCAAAUACACAAGACCAGAGUUCAUCUGUAAAUAAAGCUAUUCAAAUCUGUAUAAAUUAAAGCAAUGUGGCAAUGCCUUUAUUUAUUAUUGCUUUGUGGAAUAGUGAAAUAAACACCAGUUUCAUGGCUGA